AGUACAGAUAUACGAAUAUAUUCCCUGACCAGCUCACUACCUGGCACACUACCAUGGCACCUGGACACGCUGCUCAGCUGGCUCUCUGCGCUCUGCUAGUCGCGCACCUCUGUCUCGGGGAGUCCCACAUCCAGAGGAUCUCACAGCGACAGGAUGUCAUCACUAGGCGAUACUUCUCACCCAAGGUCUACCCUUGCAUGGAGGAUUGGAACAAAAUAUGUAGAACAGAUGCUGACUGCUGUUCCGGGUCUUGUCUGGCGCUCUUCUGCGAGAUAGUCGGCCUGGAGAAGCUCGCCUCGGAGAAACUGCGGCGUCGCAAGAAGAUGGGGGCGAUAGGCAUCAACAAGAAUGUUAGACAGACGUACAAGCCUAAAAUAAACAAGAGUAAUUAAUAAAGAGUAAUUUUGUAAAUUUGGGCAAUACAUCUUCCCUAUUUGUUCGUAUAAAAUAAA